UCCCUCCUAGUCUCUCUUUUUUUCACCAUUCUCUUUUGCAUCAAUUCCAAUAUCUCCACUAUUUCCAAAAUGCAUCUUAUUCUCACAGGAGCAACCGGGCUAGUCGGGUCUUCAGUGCUCGACGCCAUGCUCAAAAGCACAGCAGUGUCCAAGAUCUCAAUCCUGAGCCGAAGUCCUGUACGAAUGGCAGAAGACGCAAAAGACCCACGCGUUCGCGUCAUCACCCAUGCAGACUUUGAAUCAUACAAACCAGAGUUGCUCGAGCAAUUGAAAGAUGCAGAUGGAUGUGUUUGGGCUCUAGGAACAAGCCAGACAAACGUCACCAAAGAGGAAUACGUUAAGAUAACCAAGGAUUAUACCCUGGCAGCUGCGAAUGCCUUCUCCACAAUCAAACCAUCAGACCAUCCCUUCCGAUUCAUCCAUGUAUCUGGAGAAGGCGCCACCCAGAAUCCCGGACGAUUCUCGCCCAUCUUUGCGAGAGUAAAGGGCGAGGCUGAAGAGCUUAUCGGAGCACUGUCAGAGACAAAGCCGACCUUUCGGGCCGAUAGCGUGAGACCUGCAUUCGUUGACUCAGCCACGCACGAUUCUAUCAAGCCAUAUAUUCCGUCUAGUAUAGUGAGUGGAAUGGUUGCAAAGGUUGGGUUGGGUAUGCUUGGCUCCACUGUGCGGUGUUUCAUAACGUCAAUGCAUUCACCAACGGAGCACCUUGGGUCGUUCUUGACGAACAUGGCGAUGGGACGCUAUGAAGAAAAAUUGGAGGGCCCGGGAGUAUUCAAACUGGGGGGAGGGUAUAUUGUUGAGAACUCUGGGAUGCGGAGAAUUUUGGGGCUGUGA